GCCUGGUGGGGUCUCCUUCUCUCUUACUCCCUGGUGUUAACAUUAAGUUGAUUUUGAACUUGAUACCAUGGGUAAAGGUAGAAAAUAUAAACCUAAAAAGAAUUUUGCUGAGAAACGAAGAGAAAAACAGAAAAUGAAAGAUAAAUGGAACACCGCACCACAACGUUCCUACAAAGAAAUUAUUAGAGAAAAUAAGGAUUUUGAAGCUUAUUACAAAACACAAAAAAUUGUUCCUGAUGAACAAUGGACUAUAUUUAUAAAUAAAAUGAAAGAAAAUCUCCCAGUAGCCUUUCGAAUAACCGGAUCCAAAGCAGAAGCAAAAACUUUGUUGAAAAUAAUUAAAGGAGAUUAUUUUAAAGAAAUUCUCAAUAUUCCUAAUUCCAACAUCUGCAGUGAUUAUAAAGAUGCAAAACCUCAUAGUUUACCAUUUUAUCCAGAAGAAUUGGCAUGGCAGUUACAGCUUACAAGAAAAGAUAUAAGACGAUCUGAAGCCUUUUUUAAGUUGCAUAAUUUUCUUAUCACAGAAACAAACAGUGGUAAUAUUAGUCGGCAAGAAGUUGUCAGCAUGGUGCCACCUUUAGUUCUUGAUAUAAAUCCUUCUCAUAAGAUUCUUGAUAUGUGUGCAGCUCCUGGAUCCAAAACCGCACAACUGAUAGAAAUGAUUCACAGUGAUGAAAAAGUUCCCGUUCCUGAUGGUUUUGUAAUUGCAAAUGAUUUGGAUAAUAAUCGUUGCUAUAUGUUGGUUCACCAAGCAAAACGAUUGAAUAGUCCAAAUAUUUUGAUCACUAACCAUGAUUCAUCGGUCAUGCCCAAUUUCACUUUCACUGAAGCAGAUGGGAGUAAAAGAAUAUUAAAAUUCGAUCGGAUAUUAGCUGAUGUUCCAUGCAGUGGUGACGGCACAAUGAGGAAAAACCCAGAUAUUUGGUGCAAAUGGAGUCCAGCCAAUGGAAAUAAUCUUCAUGGAAUUCAGUACAGAAUUGCUAAACGUGGGGUGGAACUAUUAGAAAUAGGAGGAAAAAUGGUCUAUUCAACGUGUUCUUUAAAUCCUAUCGAAAAUGAAGCUGUUUUACAUCGACUACUUGCAGAAGCUGAGGGUUCAAUUCAUUUAGUGGAUGGUCAAAACUUCGUACCUGGAUUAGUGUACAAUCACGGUUUAACAUAUUGGCAACCGGCAUCGAAAAACUUGGAACAUUUUAAUUGUUGGAAAGAUGUUCCAGGACACUUGCAAACGCAAAUACGUCCAAAGAUGUUUCCUCCUAACAAAGAUGAAGCUGAAAAGUAUCACCUGGAAAGAUGCAUGCGGAUUUUACCACACCACCAAGAUACCGGAGGAUUUUUCGUAGCAGUUUUGGAAAAAAUUAAACCUUUGCCAUGGGAAAUGGACAAUUAUACACUUAGUGCUGUAAAUAUAGUUUUAAAACAGCCUUCUUCACAAAGUGAAGAAUAUGGAACGAAUAAUGAAGGUAAAAAGCGAAAUUUGGAAACUGAUAUGAAGCCUUGUGGUCCUCAGAAAAAACGUAAAAGGCUUCAAGGUUACAAAGAAGACCCUUUCGUAUUUUUCAAAAAUAAAAAUGAAGAUAUUUGGCCGUCUAUACAGGAAUUUUACGACAUUUCUGAUAACUUGAAUCCAGAAUGUUUAUUAGUGAGGUGUUAUGAAGGUAAAAAGAAAAAUAUAUACUUCACUUCUCCACGAAUACGAGAUCUUGUUAUGUGUAACGUAGACAAAAUAAAAAUGAUAAAUACUGGCAUAAAAACCUUCGUUCGUUGCGAUAACAAAAAUAUGAUUUGUGCAUUCCGAUUAGCUCAAGAAGGUUUGAAUAACAUAGUACAUUUCAUUGGUGACUGUCGUAAAAUUCAGAUAUUAAAAGAAGAUCUUAUUAUGCUUCUUCAAAAUAGUGAUCAUAAUAUCCCACCUGAAAUUUCCAAAUUAAAUGUAGUUACACAAGAACGUUUGAAAAGCUUUGCUAAAGGUAGUUGUAUUCUAAUUUACGAAGAGAUAAAUACUGCUAAUGAAUAUCCUUUAAAACUAAAAUUAGUAGGAUGGCGAGGAAGUAUGUCAUUAAGAGCUUACAUUUCUACUUAUGAUGCUAUUCAUUAUUUGCGCUUACUAGGUGGAGACUGUUCAAUGUUUGAAAAAAAUAAAUUUCAAGAAAAUCGUGAUGCCUUGGCUCUCAAAGUGAUUAAAGAUAAAGAAGCUGAUGAGAAUAAUUGUUCAAGACAAGAGUAAUGGAAUUAUUAUUAAAGAAGAUAAUAUUAUCCAAACCAAUUAGGCAAAAACUCACAGGAAAAAUUAUAAUCAUAUAUUCAUCAGUUAUCUGCAGUCACGCACUAAAAUACUGAAAUUCUAACAACCACAUUUUUGUUGAAUUAAUGAAAUUAAACAUAAUCACAAGUAAAAUUGAUGUUUCAAAUGAACCUUAAAAUAUAUUUUUUUCAUGUUUUUUUUCGACUUUACUACCAAACUUAAUUUUAUAAUUACAUA